UUACGAAACUUUUUUUGAUCAGUCUCUGCGGGAACGGAAACCGUCGUGUUGAUACGUUUUCCUCGUUGCAACGACGCACGACUUGACAUUCUACGCUGUCCAGUCCAUUGCUCUUCUAGAGGCCGGCACACAACUGCGUAAUGCAAGCUUUGAGGUUGUCGCGUCGCUGUCGGCUACGACUAGCUCAAAGUCGCCCCCCUUGGGCGAGCCGACAAGGAGUCCGAUGUUGUGCGACGUUUUUCACCGAACAACACGAUGAGCUUCGACGCAGCGUUCGCAAGGUCAUUGACAAGGACAUCAACCCAUAUGUGGACCAGUGGGAGGUGGACGGCAUGUACGAUGCCCACAAGGUGCUCAAGAAGUUGGCUGAGGUGGGAGUGCUGGGGAUCACACGCCCAGUGGAGUACGGAGGUCUUGGUCUGGACUACAGCUUUACGGUAGCCUUUGCAGAGGAGCUGUCUGCCAUCAACUGUGGUGGCAUUGUCUCGGGGAUCCUGGUCCACACAGACAUGUGUACGCCUGCCCUUUCCAAUUUUGGCAGUGAUGAGCUGAAGGCGCAGUUCCUGGCCCCGUCAAUCGCUGGCGACAUUGUGGGAUGCGUUGGUGUCAGCGAACCGGACUGUGGCUCAGACGUUGCCAGCAUCAAGACAACAGCUGUUCGACAGGGAGAUGACCUAGUGAUCAACGGGGGCAAGAUGUGGAUCACCAACGGGUGCCAGGCAGACUGGAUGGCCGUACUGGUCAACACGCGCACCGAGGGGCCUCCGCACAAGACAAAGUCGCUCGUCUGCUUGCCCCUCAAGACACCUGGUGUGACGGUGGCACGGAGCAUCAAGAAGCUCGGCCACCGCUCCUCGGACACAGCGCAGAUCUUCUUUGAGGAUGUCCGAGUGCCAGCCAAGAACAUUGUGGGCGAGGAAGGCAUGGGCUUUGUCUACCAGAUGCUCCAGUUCCAGGAGGAGCGCCUGGUGGCUGCCAUCAACAGUGUGACCUUCAUGGAACGCAUGAUAAACGAGACACUGGAGUACUGUCAACAGCGAAAGGUGUAUGGCCAGCCCCUUAUCAAGAACCAAGUGAUCCAGUUUCGACUGGCUGAACUCCAGACUGAGGUUGAAGCACUGCGGUCGCUUGGAUACAGAGCAGCUGCCCUGCUGAUGUCUGGUGAAAAUGUGACGGAGCUGGCGUCUAUGGCGAAGCUAAAGGCCGGGCGGUUGGUGCGUGAAGUGGCCGACAGCUGCCUGCAGUACUGGGGCGGAAUGGGCUACACCGAGGAGAUGCCAAUGGCUAGAGCCUUCCGCGACGCACGGCUCCUCUCCAUCGCUGGUGGUGCCGACGAAGUCAUGCUGUCCAUCAUUGCCAAGCUGCGAUGGGGCUUAGGCCGGUAGUAUCCUCUGAAAGCAGAGGUUGGCCUCUGCUUGUUCAUUUCGGUCUCAAGGUGGUGCUGUAUGAGUCCACUUGUGCAUUCUUUCAGCCGGUAAUGUGUGCAUUAUGUUCGAAGCUGAGUGCAGAAACAUAUCGUUAAUGCGUGCUGCUUGCUAUCCGGUGCAUUUGCAUCGCACUUUCACCAGUGGUUCGCAGCAUGGCAAUGUGUGAACGUGGUACGCUUGGAAGGAUGCACACUAUGCAGACUGUCUCCUGCACUCACUAAUGUGCGGGAGAAUGUGUAAUGUUCUGUUCGCUGUACUGAUCACCACUCAACAAAAAAGGCAUCUAGGCAGAAGCAAGCUGCAUGAAAGCAGUUUUGUGAAUAGGAAAGUAUCAGAAUUUUUCUAGUGCUGCAGUUGAAAGUGAUGUCGAAUUGUCACCUAAACGCUGGGUCACACUUGCACGAAGUAAUGGUACAGUUCCAGUGCAACUAAAGGUGCUGAGGAAAGGCGCAUUUUCCAGUGUAGGGAGCCACACAGCAUGUCAUUACAAGUGUAAAAGGCAGUAAAAUCCCAGCAGCAGGGACUGUAUAUGAGAGACACCAUGGUUGCUUACAGUCCUGCAUGGGGCUGUAACACGUGCACACUUUUGGCUGUGUACAGUGACAGUUGGCAAUUCAGUGUAGCAUUGAGUGCAUUCGCUUUCUAGGAGUGGGAAAAUGAGCAACUGUUAUUCCUUGGCACAUGUAUACAAGUUGGCUUUAAGGUUCACUUGUUGCUCAGCUUGUAAAUGACUACAGUUCUUGACGCAGGUAACGAUUCACUGGGUUUUCAUGUAUGCCUGCUGAACUGUAGCGCUGUGCGGGUAUACUUGCACUCGGUUAUCUGACAGAGGCCAGGUAAUAACGGUCUUGGUGAUAUGAUAGGGAUGGUAAUGGUCACCAAGUGCUGUUACCAUUCACUAGAGCCACAAUUGUGCACCACAAUUCAUCAGUACAAGGAAGUUUUUUUUGUCAAGUAUUAAGCUUGCUAUCCCAUGUACUGUGCUCUGGAAACCUAUUGGAAGAUACAGGUUAGUACAGUCGCCAACUGAUAAUUCGGACAUGCUUGAUUAGUCGAACAGCUCCGUGGCACCGCCACUGGCCCCAUAGACUUAGAUAUUACGUCGACGGAAAUUUCUGACACCUUACAGCGUGUCGUGCGAUUAUUCAGACUCCAUCUGCACGGCCAUGCGCUACUUUUCUUUGGAUACAUCACUGGAAUGGUUGUCAGCCAUUUCACUGGUGCUUCCUCGAAACAAACUAGCGAAGCCUAGUCAAAUCACAGGACAAGCCAAGCCACGAAGUUGUAAAGGCUGCAGUUGCUAUUUGCAAGAUUUGUCAUCUGAGCUCCGUUCUGUUCUUAUCAUCCACCAUUCAUGGAUAGCUGAUCCAUUUGAUAACAUGGGUGGAGCAUUGCUUGGACCACUGACGAAGCAUGAAAAGAAAUAGCAUAAAAGGCCUUGCUAGAAUAUCACGGCAAUGGACUCUUUAGACUAAAGACAAGCAUAUGUGCAUGUAGCAACGUGUUGACAAAUUUGGGCCGUGUUCUCGGAUGAUCACUUUUGAAGAUACUUUCACUUUCGCGAUAUUUCGCGAGAGUGAAAUCUCGUGUCUAGCACUGUGACGGUGUGCUUCAACAGGCACUGUGAUAAGAUAGCGCGCUUGGCAUUGCGUCAAGAAUAUUGUCGCUCGUAGACAUACUGGUCAUGCGACAGCAUGCGUGACAUGGUAGCAACAAUGCCAUCACUCGUAGACACCGAUGUAUCUUGAGCUAGUCAUGCAAAACUGAAAGUAUCCGCUAAGUGACGAUCCGAGAAUAUGGUGUACCUUUUUGGCCACUUGUGGAAUAAAGUCAUUUAUUUUAUGGUGAAUCCGGUAUUUCUGACUUCCGAUUAUUCAAAUGUUUUGGCGGUCUCCUUCAAGUCCGAAUUAUUGGUCGGUGACUGUAUUUCACUUGCCAUGGGUCUCCUUGGAUAAUAUACGCCUGAUGUUCUGACAUAUCUACACUAGAUUUGCUUUUCUAAGGUCUCAACGAGCUUGCAUUUGCAGAGUUCAGUGUGAUUUACAAAAUGAUAUACUGCAAGACUGGUGUAGCUGUGCUACACGCACUUUCAUAAGUAUUCUAUCUCCACAAAGGUCACACAGUACGAGUAUUUCACAAAGAGCUUUCACUAACUUUACAUGUGCAUGUGGUUUGCAAUGGCCUAAAUAACGAAAAAAAAAAAAAACAUUUUUUGAUAUUACGCUGAUUAGAGUUGUUCUAAUAAUUGAAAUGCUGCACAGUUCUGCUACAGAAUUUUUAUGCACAUCUGUCUAUAAAGAACUGCAACUGUGAAAUUGGAUAUUGUUUUGAGACCAAGCACAAGUAUCAAGGAGCUAAAGGGGUUGGGGGGGGGGGGGGGGGGAGUAAUACAUGCUGUCAUAGAAAUUUCUGCUUUCUUUUUUUUUGCUAGAAGCUCUUAUCAGUGGUUAUCUGUGGAUGGAUGUAGUGUAAUAGCAGAACAUCCAGGACUGUUAUCUUUAGGUGUACAAUCCCUUUUUGCUCACUGCCUAUUGAAGUUGGGCCCUGAAACACUUUUCUGACUAAUUAUGGAAUGGCCUCACUAUUAAAAGACUUCACCUUGCCAAUGUCAUGCCGUAAAAUUUUUAGAAUCAUUCAACUAUAAGCAGAGUUAUCGCACUGAUACUUGACUUUCUCUCCCCUUUUAUCUCUGCAAGUGCGCUGGAAGUUACACAACGGAGAAGCCAAAAGGGCUAAGCUCCUGCCAAAAGUUUAGUGUAGCGGUAGACUACGCAACGCAGCAUGCAGCUACUAUCUCAAAGGCCACGCGCAGCUGACGCAGCUACGCGCAGUGCAAUGAUUUAACUCAAAAUUAUCAAUUAUGUAUUACUGAGGAUGCUCUCGCAAUCACAAAAUCAGCCAGUAGCAUCGGUGGGCCACCUGCUUUCGAUGACUGUGCAUGAUGGCAUUGCAGCACCAAGAGCAAGCGAUUUUCUCGCUGUUUUUGACACAAAAUUGUUAACUCCCUGCUGCAUGCAGUGCAGUAAUAUUUGGCUCACAUGCUCGCAGCAGCCUCUACGACAGAUCGGCAAUGUUUUCUUACAGUGUUCAAGAAGUGUUUCAGGGCCUCUCAAGUGAGUGUCUCUUGUUGAUUUUCUUUUGCUCUGGAAGAAACUUGAAGUGAACAGCUUUUUUCAAAAUCAAUUUAAAAAAUGCUGAUGGAUUUAUUGAAUGGUCAUAGAGCAGAAGUACUGUCUUCCUUAAAGCAACACUAGAGAUUAUUUUGUAUGUCAUUUAUUUGCUUUCAAAAGUUUGAAUCCAGUUUGCCUCCUACCGUGCACUUCACAAGUUCUUCGCUCAUAUAAGCACAUGUUCCUAAAAAGUGCGGGUAGAGGAAGGCUCAUUUAUUUGUACUUGCCGCACUCCUGAUAUGCAAUAUUUGUUGGCUUAGCUUGGCUAGCUUCUCCAAAACGAAGGUGGACAAGGGGACACUUACAUGCAGUGCACUCGGCACAUUUGCUUUGCAAGGUGCACUGUGGCUGUCGACCAGAAUGCAUAUGCCGCCGAAAUCUACUGCUUGUUUUUUAUUGUGACGCGGCAUUUUAUCCUGGCGGCUCAUGAAAGCUGCGCUUUCACAGGUUCCCACAGUGCUUAGGAUCUGCAUGAUUUUUCUUGAGCAAAUUUCUUGAGGUUGGUGUCUGAAAUGCAGUGUAAUUUCUGCAACCCAAGGAAGACACCAACUGUAGGACGUGUAUUCCAGUUUUGAUUAGCAUUGAAGGCAGUGUAGUGCUUCGAUAGCUAUAAGUAAGCAGCUUUGAGCCCAAGUAAUUGGAGCGCAUGUGGAUGACAUCUGUAUAACUUGACGUCACCUC